AUGUCGUCCGCCAAUGCAGCCGCCAGCACCGCCAUCAAUACCAAUCAAGCCACCACCCCGAGCACCGCGAACGCCGCGCAAAUCGCUGAGAAGCGCGCCGAGGCAAAGCGCGAACUCCUCUCGGCCUGGGAGGCAUUCAAAGAAGGACGCGCCAACGAUGUUGCAAACGACAUUUCGGCGCUGGGUGAGCAGAUCUUCGGUCGCGCUGCCUGGACUCGACCCCUCCACAUGCUCGGUCCGGUCAUUCCAGAAACGCGGGAAGCCCAGCAACUGCGCCGCGAAGGAGGCAAGACCGCGCUCAUCGAUGCUGUGUUGGCGUUUCUCCGUGCUGAGGAUGAAGGAAGCUACGAGGUCGUGUUCGAGCUGGGCAAGAAGGUGUACGGAAUGGCGGAGUGGAGUAUCACGGUCUAG